AUGGGAAAUACACAACAGUCAAAGCCUGGUGGCCAUUCUUCAAUGAAGGGAAUUUCUUCAUCAACUUCCGUAUCUAAUAAGAGCAAUAGUGAGGUUCCUCCCUCACAGAAAUCAAAGCUUCCCUUGGAGAAUAUAAUUACCUGUUUUAAUGUUGAAGAAGGACCACUCUUCAUAUCUAAAGAAGCAAGAAAUUAUAAAGCCAGCUCUAUCAAUGGUGAUAAUAGUGGUGCAAAUGUUGUAAAUGCUGAUCAGAAUGAGGAAAAUAAUAAUGAAGAUCAUCUGUUAUCGGAAGAGUUAUUAUUGCUUUCUGAAUAUAAAAAGACGAUAACAGAGAGGGUGAAACGAUUCUAUUUGGAUGAAAGUGUUAUGGGGGUGGAGGAAGAAAGAGCAUUUGCUUGCUUGUUGGGAUUAAUGAUUGGCGAUGCUUGUGGAGCUCCACAAGAAUUUUCAUGGUAUAAAGUACCUCCAAAGGUUUCAUCUGAAUCUGAAUGGUUAGUUGACAAGAUUUGGAAGCAGGAUAAGGAAUUUUUCGAGUUGACCUCAAUGAAUGAUGAGCAUGUUUGGAAAAAGCCACACCAUAACAAGUUCUUUUUGAAAGUUGGUCAAUUUACUGAUGAUUCCAGUAUGGCCUUGUGUGUUAUGGAUACACUAGUACAAAAGGUAAUUGAUGAAAUUCAUCAAAGGGAAUGUCUUAAUGCGGAGCAAAAUAAUGAAAACUCGUUCAAUUUUGAUGGAAGAGAAAUGAGACUUAGAUUCCUCAAUUGGGUUUAUUUUGGAUAUAAUAACACAUUUGGAAAGGAUGAUUCAACACCUGGAUAUGGAUCAUCAUGUGGAUUGGGUUCAAAUGUCAGAAGUUCCAUUGUUGAGUUUAUGAAAGAUCCUAAAAGUGAGUUAACAAAUGCAGGCGAUUUAAAUACUUCUGGAAAUGGAAGUAUAAUGAGAUUAGCUCCUGUGCCAAUAUUUUGUUUGAAACUUGUGGAGAGUUUGGAUAAUACCGAACAAGUGGAAUCUGCUUUAAGGAUGGCUCACAAGCACAGCAAGACAACUCAUCAAGGUGAUGAAGCAGCAGAGCUUUGCAGGUUAAUGACUUUCAUAAUUAUUAAUGCUGCCAAAGCUGCACACUCUAUGAAACCACUCGAAAUCAAAAAGCACAUCUUUGACUUGUUGGAGAGUGGGAAAUUCCAAAGCACUGUGGAGAGUGUCAAUUGUCUUGUAAAGAGUCAAGUUGAAAAUGGAAAUGUAGAGGCAAGAAAUUGGAAUUGGAAAGAUUUAAACUAUCAGUAUUGUCCUGAAAGAGCAGAAAAGGAUAAGGGAUACAUUGGUUCGUAUGCAAUGGAUGCUAUGGCUAUGGCCUUACAUAAUUUGGCUUUUACAGACUCAUUUGAGGAUGCCAUCUUGCUGACUGCUAACAUAGCCGGUGAUUCAGACACAGUAUCUGCCAUUGUUGGACAGAUGGCAGGAGCAAUUUAUGGGCUAAAGGCUGUUCCAUUAGACUGGAUUGAAAAGGUUUUAUUCUGGGAUUACAAUGAGGAUAUUUUAUUGAGAUUAUCAAUUAUUUAUAAUCAUAAUUUUUAA